AUGAUUCACCUUCUAAGAGCCAUUGAAGAUUUGAGAAUGAGACAUAUAGAGGGACAAGAGCAAAUACUUCAUAUUCAGUCCAAAUGGAUAGAACAACAAGAAGAGUGGCAGAAACAACACAUGGAGCAGCAACAGGAGCAAUACUCCCAACUGACUCAAGCCAUCCACCAAGUUACUGAGAGGCAAGAAUGUCAAGAUAAGCAAUUGCAUGAACUCAAUCAGCGGCAAUUAGCUCAGAUGAGAACAUUCAAUGAGUUCACUGUACUUAAUGAAGGACGUCAAUUACAUAGGAAGGAGUUCAACGUAAACACUCAAGCAAGAUUGAACUACAUGUCCAGUAAUAUGCAUCAUCUACACUAUGCCAUCCCUACAUAUGAUGAGGUCCAAAAAGAUUUUGUAGAACAAGAAGAGAGGAAGGUAAAACAGCAAAAGGAAACACUCAAGAAGAAGAUGGAAGAUGGAGGUUUCUGGAAGAAACUGUUUGGAAAAGGCAAAGGGAGUGGGAGUACAAGCACUCAAGAGGGACACAAGGAAGACAAGCAAGGAGGAGAGCAUGGACAACCACAAGAAUAA